UUGCCUGACAUCUUUCUUUGUGCAAUUUCUUCGGGUCGCUCGUGUAAAAUCCCGUUAUUUCGCUUUCGUAAUUCGUUUAACAAAGGCUGUAACAAUUUGCGACAGUGGAGUGAUUUGUGUUGAGCACGACACGGGACGCUGGCGACUGCGUGUGGUUCAGUAACACCGUGUUAAAAUAAAAUAUUGUGAUACUAUUUUAUCGAUUCACCUUCUUCAACAUAUUGUUUUUAUGCUGUUUAUUUAUUAGUGCUGCUCGGUGACCCGGGAGCCAGCAGCAGAAUUUUUGUGUGGAAGUGCAACUCAAGACUGAGCCGUGUCUUGGGGGAAAAUAAACCCGGGCACUACGGUGGCCCCAGAAACACCCGCGCCAGCACCCCAACCGCCAGUUCUAUGCAAUUUGACUGUCGAGUAGUGUACAACAGUCCGCACGCGUGUCACAGUUCGACACAAAGUACCGUUUCGGUUGAAUAAUUCACACGUAUUAUCAGUCUUGAUGUAUUUUUUUUUAAGUAGGAGUAUUGAUUGAACACUAGUAGUGGGGUCGGGAGUCUAAGGGGUUUCGAACGAUUAUCUUCGUUCCGUAUAAUUACGGGGUGCUGGAGAUGACGGGCACGGAUAAUAUCCGCUUUAGCGGUCACACUCUAGACAAGGCCACUAAGGCAAAAGUGACGCUAGAGAACUUCUAUACGAAUCUCAUUUCACAGCACUAUGAGAGAAAGCAAAGACUGGAGAAGUUGGAAGAGUCUCUCAAGGAUGACAGCCUCACGGAGAGUCAGAAACAGGAGAAGCGCCAGCAGCACGCGCAGAAGGAGACCGAGUUCCUCAGGCUCAAGCGUUCUAGACUUGGAGUCGAGGACUUUGAACCCUUAAAGGUGAUAGGCAGAGGAGCGUUCGGCGAAGUUCGCCUAGUGCAGAAGAAAGAUACGGGACACGUGUACGCUAUGAAAAUACUCAGGAAGGCGGAUAUGUUGGAGAAGGAACAAGUAGCACACGUCCGCGCGGAAAGAGACAUCCUCGUGGAAGCGGAUCACCAAUGGGUGGUGAAGAUGUACUACAGCUUCCAAGACCCAAUGAAUUUGUACCUCAUCAUGGAGUUUCUCCCCGGAGGCGAUAUGAUGACGCUCCUGAUGAAGAAGGACACCCUCAGUGAGGAGUGCGCGCAGUUCUAUGUUGCUGAAACGGCGCUGGCUAUCGAUAGUAUACAUAAACUUGGAUUUAUUCAUAGGGAUAUAAAACCGGACAAUCUCCUGUUGGAUGCGCGCGGGCACAUCAAGUUAAGCGAUUUCGGUCUUUGCACGGGCCUCAAGAAAAGUCACCGUACUGAUUUCUACAGAGAUCUCUCUAGAGCAACACCAUCGGAUUUCAUCUAUUUCCCAGUAUCGACGUCCUCCUCGGCGAUGGACUCGAAGCGGAGAGCCGAAUCGUGGAAGAGGAACAGGCGCGCGCUCGCCUACUCCACGGUGGGCACGCCGGACUACAUCGCGCCGGAAGUUUUCCUCCAGACCGGCUACGGGCCGCAGGCUGACUGGUGGAGCUUGGGCGUGAUCAUGUACGAAAUGUUGAUCGGCUACCCGCCGUUCUGCUCCGAGUCACCGCAGGAGACGUACAGGAAGGUGAUGUCCUGGCGGGAGUCGCUCACCUUCCCGCCGGAGAUACCGAUCAGCGAAGAGGCUAGGGAGACGAUACUUCGCUUCUGCUCUGAACCGGAUCGAAGGCUCGGCUCGCAGCGCGGCAUAGAGGACGUGAAAUCCGUGUCGUUCUUCCGCGGCGUGGACUGGAACCACGUGCGCGAGCGGCCCGCCGCCAUCUCGGUGGACGUGCGCUCCAUAGACGACACGUCCAACUUCGACGAGUUCCCGGACGUCAAGCUCGAGAUACCGUCAGCGCCCAUCACGCAAGACGGCGAGGUCGCGUACAAGGACUGGGUCUUCAUCAACUACACGUUCAAGAGGUUCGAGGGGCUCACCCAGCGAGGCACGCCCACCAAGAAGUGAACACCCCACACACACCCCCUGAGCUUAUUCCGAUGGACCUUUCCAGAAAAAUAUAUGUCCCAAAACUUCUCAAAGUUUUGCCACUAACGUGCACACGAACGUACAUACUCAUAGUUGUUCCUUAAGCAAUUUCACUAGGAAACUUCUAGACGUAAAGCUACAUAUAAGUAACGUGUUUGUGUAUUGGAUAAUGAAACGCUUAGUAUAGGAUAUCUCUCACGGACCGCCUCCGAGUUCGUUAACAGAAAUUAUAUUUUUCUGGUCAGGCAGACAGUUUGUAACACUCUGUACGUGUAUGUUGUGUUCGGUUUUGUUGGAUGGAGUUUUGAACAAUUCUAUAGUACAUUGAUUUAAUUGAUAUUCUCAUGCGUUUAUUACCAUUAGUAUGUUGCGUCGUUGCGUUCGUUUUAUUGCAGUGUGUUGUCGGUUCUAGGAUUUCAAUCUUGAUAUAGCGAACAACAUAUAUACAUUUAUGCUCAUUCGUAUGCUUGUACACAGACAGACACAUCACAUUAUAUAUUAUACAUAAAUAUACAUAACGAAAGAAAGAAGGUAGGUUUUUAAUUCGCGGAUUGUAAUUGUAAAACUCAGGUGAUAAUUUAUGAAAAAAAUAAAAGAAUUAAAAAAAAAAAACAUGUUAAAACAUAAUUUUACUACAGCUGUUUUAUAUUCUGUCAUGUUCAGAUAACAGUCGUGCAAAUUUAUCAUUUAACUAGGAAUGAUAACGAUGGAGCUACAAUAAAAAAGAAAUAAUAAUAAUCAUGAAAUUUAAUAUAUGCAAAACAUUUUUUCUAUUAAUUAAUUUUUUCCAAUGUAUUUUUUUUUUGACUUGAUCUUGUUGGAACAAAAAGAAAUUAGAGAAUAAAUACCGUGAAAUUUAAAUGAUGACUUGUGAAGAAUGAUUUCCCAUAACUUUUUUUGGUUUAUACGAAAUAUGAAAUAUGUCGGGUCUAUAUUUUUUGCUAAACCAGGAUAUCUAAAAUAAACUCUAUUAUCUUAAUUUACAAUACAUUUUUCAUAGUUUCAAAAAAUGUACAGUGACAUAUUCAUGAUUAUCAUAUUAUAAACGCACCGUAUUAAAAAUUAACACUCAUUAUACGAAUAAUUGGAAAAAUUAACGUUUCAAUACCAAUUAUUCGCUUAUUUUAAUAACGGUCUAUGGUAAAAUUAAUAUAGCGAAAGAUACAUCACUUCCUUAAUUUCACAACUGAAUAUAUACUAUACAUACACGUUCAUACUAACAGAGCGAAAGAGACAAACCGAUCUGUAUCGACAGUAGCGCGAGAGAGACGAGCGCAUCCAUUGUCAUGGUUCAUUGUACAUUCAAAUAGCAUUCGUAUUGAUAAUAUUUAUAGGUUCAAAUUCAAAAAGAAAUAUUUAUAAUGUUAGGAUACGAUCUUUUGGAAUGUAGCGACAAUAUGACGUCGGCAAAUAGUAAUAGAUAAUAACGCUUUUGUCGCGUAUCGUAACUCCAAAAAGUCAUAUCUUAACAGCUCUUUGUUCGUUGCGGAAUGCAUGUGAUUGCUAUUGUGUUUCGUACUUUUUCUUACCCUUCCCAAACCUGUCGGUUAGUCCCGUCUUCUAUCCUUUCUUCAUCCCAUAGCCUCUAAAAUCGGCGAUCCAUUUGUGCGAUGUAAGGUCUUCCCAAAUAUUCAGGGGUGAUGGUUACGCUUAACAUCAAGGGACCAACCAGCUCCAUUAUUAAUAUAAUCCGUAAAAUAAUAUUUACAUCGGUAAUAUAAUAUUUACAUUAACAGCAUUUAGACCGGAUAAUUCUGGACUUCGUACAUUUAAAAAUAACACACAUCAAUGUAUCGGAUGUUUCUCUAUCGCUCUGCAAAAUGUCGCUUGUAAUAAGUCGGUUUUCUUACAUAAUUUUCGCUCUUUCGAUUUUACAUAAGUUUUUGUGCUACAGUUGGACGGCACUGUAAUCUGGACCAAUUUUUAUCGGCACCAGUGCCCUCAUAAUCGAAGUAUACCUCGACUUUUCAUGUAUUUUUUUUUAUAAUUAGCUCAUAGCGGGAUUCAAUUUCAAAUUUUCGUGUUCCAUUCAUUUAUUUCCAAUGAACAGAUCGUUUAACUAAGAAGUUUUUCGUUUAAACUAACCAUGUAAUUGAAAUUAGCUUCUCAAGUAACAUAUUUAAAUAUAAUCGAUGCUACGAUGAACAAAUCCAAAAAAAAUAACGACGUAUAUCUCAGAAGUAUUUUGGUAAAUUCAUUCAAAUAAAUUACAAAUCUAUUCUCAGAAAUGUUCCGAUCACUAUAUACAUUAUAUUUCUUAGAAUAUUUUUAUAUUUAUGUAAAUAUCUAUUCGAUGUUCAGAGUUCAAUUCAUUGCAAUAGCAUUCCGUCCAAAAUUUAGUUACUAUUAAAUACUUUAUUCUAAAAAUUAAUAUAUUAUUGAUUGACAUAUUAAACGUAUAUUAUGAUGAGAGGUUGGAGGAACAUUUCUGAUAAUAGAACUAUACAAAGAAAAAACGAAAAAUGAGUAAUGAAAUAAAUAUAUUUUCCAAACUACGAAUCUAAAUUAUUAACUAUAUGAAUGUCAGUAUUUUUCAAAAUGAAAUCAUUACCAACAUAUAGAAAAGCUGUUCAAUGUGGCAUUCAAAUGAAAUUUUUAUAUUGGUAUUACGUCGUUAAAUGAAUUAUAAAAUUUGAUCCCCAUUCAUACCAACGUGUACUUACGUACCAAUAUAAAUAAUAACGAAUAAACAGUUUGCAAUCGAUAACUAUGAGUGCGGAAAAAGUAUUUGUUUAAUGUAUGGAAAUUAAUGUGAAAAUUAUGAACGAAUUAAGUUUUGCUCACUCGAGAUAUAAAAAUGAUUAAAAAGUCGUGUGUCUUGCCGAUAGUUUUAGUACAAAAUUAACAUAGAAUCUGGGUACAUUUCGAAAGAUAUAAGUGAUGUUUGAACAGAAAGCCUGGUGAGGGCGUUAGUAAUAACAUAACUCAGUACAUGAUGCGAGUUAUAUAUAAAUACGUGUACAUUGUUUGUCAUUCCUGCAUUCCUCGGUCUCAAUAACGUUUCCUAUGCGAUCUCACAAGCAAACAAUUAUCGGAAAUAUCUAAGUAGUAUGUAUGUAGAUAUUUUUAUUAAGUCACUGCACUCGAUUUGUACAAACUAUACAACAAUACAUCACCUGUGAAACGAUGCUGAUACACGAUCCACUCGGCUUGAACUGCGUUCAUGCUGCAUGACGUGCGUAAAUAGAUCGUAUGCCGUUUAAAGCAAAUAAUGUUAUGAUAAUAUUGAUCACACUAUAGGAGAGUAUAAGUACGGAGAUGAAAUGUCACACAUAGGUUUUGCCUAAACGCAUUUGUAUGAAACUAUCAAAGAUUAUAUAAUGACGUCUAUCACAAUUUUUCUCAUAUAAUUUUAUCCAAUAUUAACCCUUUACCUAACAUCACUGUGUUGCACAUUUAGGUUAACCAUAGAAUA